AUGGAAGAGGUUCUUCGCAGUGUGCAACAUCUCAAAGAACAUACACUGGGUCGACUGGAUGUAGAGUGUGUGUUUGAACUGCUGUCCUUGGUGAUCUCUGGGAUGAAAUCUAUAAUGGACAGAAAUGAGGACUUUACGUUUCUUAAAAGCAUGAUCAUGGAAAGGAGAUUCCAUCUACUGGUCAAGAUCCACGCGAGGUUGAGGCGGUUUGGAUCAAGGAAUCCUGUCCCGGUCCGGGAUAAUGCAAAGAGUCUGGCCUGUAACUUGGCUGAGGAGCUGUGGACUCAAGUGGCUAGUGCGGAAUGUUCAGAGUUGAUCAGCCUGCUGUCCAACCCGCACAUCAAGGGCCUUCUCUCUGUUCACGACAUAGUAGCACAGAAAGGUUAUGACCCCGAGCUGCCACCCCUACCUGAUAACAUCGAAGAAGAGGAUGAGGACUCUGUGAAGAUUAUAAGCCUGUUCAAAAGCCAGGAGCCACUGGGGGCCACCAUAAAGAGAGAUGAAUCCACUGGAGCUAUAGUUGUAGCAAGGAUCAUGAGAGGGGGUGCUGCAGACAGAAGUGGUCUGAUUCAUGAGGGCGAUGAGCUAAGGGAAGUCAAUGGAGUCCAAAUGGAGGAUAAGACACCGGAGGAAAUCAUUCCUAUUAUGGCUCAAUCGCAGGGAGAGGUGACGUUUAAAGUGAUACCGGUACCUGGCAUCAAGGAAGAGCUGUCAGCCAAUGAGACUAUGUUAUUUGUGCGGUCGCUCUUUGACUACAAUCCUGAGGAGGACCCUGCCAUCCCCUGCAGACAGGCAGGGCUGGGCUUCAAGAGGGGGGACAUCCUUCAGAUCGUUAACCAGGAGGACGACACCUGGUGGCAAGCCUGUCGUCAUGGUGACAGCAACUCCCGAGCAGGACUCAUCCCCUCCAGGCAACUUCAGGAGAGGAGAGUCGCUCUCCAGCGGCCCAAAGCCUUAUUUAAACCUCAGAGAGUCCCCAAAAAAGUGACAGCUGGUCUGAGAAGGAGUUUCCGGCUGGGCAGGAGGGGCGGUAGGAGUGGGAGUGUUGAGUCUAAAAGGAAGAGCCAGGAGAUGGGAGGAGCCACACAGACACCCACCUACCUGGAGGUGGCCCCAUACUGCAGGGACCCCAAAGAGGGACGUCGGCUGGUCCUGCUGGUUGGUCCCAGUGGAGUUGGGCUGAGUGAGAUGAAGAGGAGACUCCUGCUCUCUGACCCUGACCACUAUGGUGUCACUGUUCCACACACCACCAGAGAGAAGAGGAAGCAGGAGAAAGAUGGGGUAGAGUACCACUUUGUCUCAAGGCAGACGUUUGAAAUGGACAUCGUCAACCACAAGUUUUUAGAGUAUGGGGAUCACAGAGGGAACUACUACGGGACCAGUCUGGAGUCGGUGCACAAGGUCAUAGGGGAGGACAAGGUGUGCCUACUGGAUGUGCAGCCUCAUACUGUACAGCGCUUACACACAACCGAGUUCAAACCAUGUGUUGUUUUUGUGAAGCCACCAUCGAUUCAGGAGCUACGUUUUAGCCGAAGGAAAGCUACAUUCAUUGCCACCCAAGAUAUGACGAAACUGACAAAGACAUUUUCGGAAGAGGACUUUGAAGAUAUGAUUAGCGCAGCAGAAGCCAUGGAUAGCCAAUACGGCCACCUGUUUGAGAUGGUCGUCGUCAAUGGCGAUUUCGCCGUGGCAUUCAACAAACUGAGGGCGGAGCUGGAAAAGCUUGAGACGGAGGCGCCUCAGUGGAUUCCUGUGGAGUGGACCAGUCACACCGAACAGAACACAGAGAGCUUGUGCUGA